CUGUAUAGCUGUUGUCGAAAUCAUACCAGCCUGGUAUCCUGAAGUGACGGAAGAAGGAAAUCCCUUUCACCCCUUGUUCUUUUGCCGACUGAGCAGCUAUUUACGGCAAUAUCCGGAUACUCCCCUCUACUCACCGUCGUUACCGCACCGCCCCGACUCUUUUUGUUUCGGUCUCGAAGAGUAACAAAGGAUACUGUUAUCCUGAAGAAUGUUCGAGUAGGACUGCUUCCUCAUAAAAAGGUAGUCAUACAGUGUAUCUGUCCAUCAUCUUCUGACUGCACGAAACUUGAAGGAUGUCGGGAGCUCUCAACGAAUCCAAGAAUUCGCGCCAGAAGCGGAACCGUUCAACAGUCAAGGCUGAGCCUACCGAUGAAGACGACGCUCUCGUCGCUGUCAAAUUGUCUCCUGACCACGGCUGGCAGCAUCCUGCCGAGCUCGACUAUAUCGACGCCGGUACGAUGUCCAAGGCUACGAUUAUCGAGUAUCUCAUCACGCACUCAUUCUCCGUACCCCCAAAGCGUAACCACUGGGCAACCAUCACCUCCGCAGACGAAACGACGACGGUGAUCCCUGCCGGAUACCGGAUACCCCUCCUGUUCGCGGCCUACUUCCAAUGGACGUCCCUUCAGCUCGUUCUAGGCUCGGGAGAGUGGGAUCAAUUCAAGUCCGGGAUCCUCCAUAUCUCCCGGCUGUGCGAUAGAUUUUUGGAAGAGGCGAGGGUGGCGAUGCACGGGGGGAUGAUGAAGGGAUGGAGAUGCCCUACAUUUGAUAGGGUACUGGUGAGGUACCACCUGUGUCACCUGCUCUCGGACCCAAAGAGCGUGAAAGAGUUUUGGGAGGCGUAUGGGGAAGUGGAAUAUGCCAAUGAUGUGGUCAAGUUUGACUGGAAACGGUGGGCUUUGACAGGGCACAGAGGCUUCAAGCUUUCGGAGGAAGAGAUUAAAGAGGGGGUUGGGCUGGGUAAGUGGCUGCAUAGGCUCAGGGAGAGUGACGGAGACUGGGUCUGGGAUACGUCGCCAGACUCUACGGGCCGGCGGGCGAUGGAAUGUUUGGAAGAGUGGAGAAAGACAAAGGUCUGGCCAACGACUACGCCAGUUCCCGACGAAUCCACUUCCAAAAUUCCCAAGCCUAAAACCAAUGAUCCUAUUCUUCCCCCCUCUACUAAGUCUAUUUCUCAUCCUCCUUCCACUCCUCCUGCAAACCAGGAUAUCCUUCAAUUCCUCAAGGCUCGCAUAGAAGAGAUAAAAGACCAAGAACGUCGCAUUACUGCACUCGAGGCCGACCUUGCCAUGCUCAAAACGACUAGGACAAGUACUUCACCGAUGCCGGCCUCUGAAUCAGAGCCGGAGUUUAUCCCAGCUGCGAAUUUUCCCAAUCCUGCGGAUGUGGAUUGCGCAUCGAGUUUCUGGCAGGAUCCAUUGAAGAGGUUUUUGUAUGUUGACGGUUUAGAGGAGCCCGAGGCCGAGGAUGGCGAUGUGGUUAUGGAAGAUGCCUCCGUGUCGACUGGGCCAAUCAAGUCGUGGCGCAAAUUCCAGAGGAUGCGUGGGUGAGCGGCGCUGGGCGUGGUAUUGCUAUUAUUAUAGAUUCUCUCAUCCUGUUGUACUAAAUGACUAUCCGUCUACGUAUCUGAUGUUGGCACCGAGUCCAUACAUCAUCUUUAGCAAUGACGGGAAAUACUCUGUCGUCCG